GGGAGCAUCGAGAACAAGGAGCGUUGGUUAGAAGGCGCAGCUAGAGAGGCUGCUUCCUCCUCCUCCCCCGCCCUUCCGAGGAUUCCUGGAGUCCACUCACCUCUCCCUACCGAGCGGGCCCGAACCGCGGUGUCGGGAAGGGGUGUGGUUGCGCCUCGCAGGAGACAACGGUCCUGCGCGCCUGCAGCGUUGGGGUCCGGGAAGAGAGGAGUACUCCCGUCGACUUCUUAUGUCCUGGAGUGCCCAGCCCGAGAAAGGAGGCUGCCCUGAAUUGGCAGCCGCUUACGCCGGCUGUGUCUACCGCGGCGCCUGAGGACUCCGGGCUCGCAGUGCGUGGAGCGAAGAGCCGCUGCGGACCGCGCGCGUGCACUGACAGCCGCAGCUCCUCCGCCCGCCGUCCCCGCCCGAACUCGGUGACAUUGAGGUUCCCUACGGCCGCCGCGGGCCUUGCCCCGGCAGCAGGCUGAGGUCGCUGACGACCAGGGCUGCCUUUUCUUUUAAGAUUUGUUUUCCAAGUAAGAUUUGUGCUUGCCUGCUUUUCUCCUGAAAUUUUUCGUCAAAAGAAGCAGGACAUUUUAUUUCCUUACAUCAAAGAAAAUGUUAAAGAGUAUCUGCAGACACAUUGGGAAGAGGAGGAGUGCCAGCAGGAUGUCAAUCUUUUGAGGAAACAGGCUGAAGAAGAUGCCCACCUGGAUGGGGCUGUUCCAAUCCCUGCAGCGUCCGGGAAUGGGGUAGAUAACUCACAACAGAUGAUCCAGGCCGUGGUAGAUAAUGUGUACUGGCAGAUGUCUCUGGACCGAAAGACCACAGCACUCAAACAACUGCAGGGCCACAUGUGGAGGGCAGCAUUCACAGCUGGGAGCAUGAAAGCAGAGUUCUUUGAAGAUGUUAUUCCAGCAAUCAGGAAGUGGAGGGAAGCUGGGAUGAAGGUGUAUAUCUAUUCUUCUGGAAGUGUAGAGGCUCAGAAACUAUUAUUUGGGCAUUCUACAGAGGGAAAUAUUCUCGAGCUUUUUGAUGGUCACUUUGAUACCAAGAUUGGACACAAAGUAGAGAGUGAGAGUUACAGAAAGAUUGCAAACAGCAUUGGAUGCUCAACCAACAACAUCUUGUUUCUAACAGAUGUUACCUUAGAGGCCAGUGCUGCUGAGGAAGCAGAUGUGCAUGUAGCUGUGGUGGUGAGACCUGGCAAUGCAGGAUUAACAGAUGAUGAAAAAACUUACUACAGCCUCAUCACAUCCUUCAGUGAACUAUACCUGCCUUCUUCAGCCUAGAGGAAGAUUUCUAUAGAAGACCAAACUAUUCCUCAGAGUUGUCCCCCUAGUGUCUAGUUUUAUUCUAAUGGUAAAGUAACUUACUUAUAUAUACAUACAUACGUAUGCAAGUAUAUGUAUGUGUAUGCUCAUUAAUUUUCAUGGGCAUAAAAAUGAGAAAAGUCAUCAGUUCAGCAAAAACAACUUAUUUAAAGAUGCUUUAUAUGUAGAAAUAGUUUGAGACCAUAACGCUAACCCUUAUUGAGGGCAAAAUGUAGUUGAUAGAAGAAAAUACAGAUCAGAUGUGUUAUGAUUAUCAAAUUCUAUACCAAAAUGAGAACUGAAUUUUGAAAAUUAUUCAGAGGCCUAUUAUUUUUAAUACUAGAUAUACUUCAGAGGCAUUCUUAAUAAUUCAUUACCCUUAUUUAAGAAGAUUUACAACAGUUGUAUUUCAUAUUUGCCUCCCUUAGUACAAAAGAGCAAAAUCAAGAAAGAAAACUCACUUGAGUCUUGAUUAGUCAAGUAUUUGUUACUUAAGAAGAAACUUACUAAUCAUUGUGUCACCCAUAGCCAGCACUUGCCUUAUUGAUGAAAAAGGUUCACUGAUAUAAUAGCUAAAAAAGAAAUAUGGUUUUUAAUGUUUAACAAAAUAUAUUCUAAGUCUGCUGGUUGUUACCAGUUGCUUUUCUAACUUUAUCUUAGCACAGUUUAAGAAUAUAUAUUAAUUGCUACUUAGUAUUUUUUAAAAUAAAUUUUUGCUGAAAUUAGUUCAUGACACCAAGAAGAGCCCUAAUAUGUAAUAUUUUCCCCUUGAAUAUAAGAAAUGUAAAUUUUAUAACAGUAUUAUUUAUCCUGGUUCCAUUCUAAUGGGAUUCCAUGUCAGUUUUAUGUUGUGAUUAAUAAAAUCAUCCUCUUUCAGUUUUACAGAGGUUCCUGAACAUACUACCAUAAUCAAAACAAACUCAGAUUGAAGAAAAAUUUUAAAAAUAAGAUUGUUAUUUUAGUUUUGUCUUAAUUGUGUGUGUGCAAUGUAUGUGUUUAAUGGAAUUCUAGUGGAAAAAAAUCAUUAACUAGCAUUUGAAUUAUAUAUACAUACGUGGUUACUAUUUCAUCUGGGUUGUAAGCAUUUCAUUUAUAUUAGUGGGGUUUCUUACAUUUUUGAAAGUCUUAUGUUUGAAGUAUAGCAUAUAAUGCUUGAAGUAUGCAAUUAUUUUCCUAAUGAAUCCUGCAGAAAAUAUUUUAGGAUGCUUCAAAUAAGGAGAAGGAAGUAGUCUUGUAAACAUGAGAAGACAGGGGAUACAAAUGAUUUUAUGUUGAUAGGUUUAAUCUUCUAGUGCUAAUUUAAAGAAUCUAAAGACUGCAAAAUAUACAAGAGUAGAAAAAUAGAAAUGAAUAUAAGUAAUCUUAAAAAUGGUAAUAAUUUGUAAAUGAUGGCAAAAUCACAAAUGAUAAUAAAAGGAUGAAUUUUAUACAUUCUCUGGACAAGUUCAUGGGUAGAUGGCAGAACAGGGUACCCUUAGUAAUCAUAAAGGAAUAAUUGAAGGCAGAAUGCAAACUUCCCUUUCAGACAAAGUGGUAGAAGCCCAAAAUGGCUCAAUGGAGCUCGUGAACAACAAGGAAAACAAAGGGUGAGGCCUGGCCUGCACUGUUGGAAAGAACUAUGAGACUUCAGGAUUCGUAGAGUCCAAAGGUUUAUUUAUUUUCAUCCAAUGGUGGUAAAAAGCAGCCAGUGGGGGACCAAAGUGAAAGGGGAAUGGACAGUGGGUAGGAAAAGGGGGGAAAAAAGAAGAAUUUCCUGCAACAAAGGUAGUUUCUGGAACUGCCUGAGAUUAUUCCUUCCUUCCCCUUGGCAAGUUCAGCUAGCUGUGGGUGGUUGAUGAGGCUUGCCUGUGUCUUAGACCAGAGCUCUGACUCCAGGGGGUCCCAACUAACCAGGUCCAGUCAUUUACCUCAAAAAAGCCAAGCCAAAACGGUCAUGGUGAAAGGCAAGGGGGUAGGGGGAGUAGUAGUAGUAAUUGGAAAAGUAAGGAAGAGCCUGGCACGAUGGUGCACGCCUAUAAUCCCAGCAGCUCAGGAGGCUGAAACAGGAGGAUUUCAAGUUCAAGGCAGGCUUGACAAUUUAGCAAGGCCUUAAGCAACUUAGAACCCAUCUCGAAUAAAAAGAGUUGGAGAUAUAGCUCAGUGGUAAGUGCAUCUGGGUUAAAUCCCCAGUACCCUGUCUCCCUAACCCCCCACCAAAAAAAAAAAAAAAAAAGAAGAAGAGAAAAUUAUCCACCAGAAUCUAAAUUAGGAGUUUAAGGUGCUCAGUACCUAGCCAACAAAGAAUCGAAGUAGAGAGGCAUUUACUGUCUGUGAUGAAGAAAGUUCCUGGAAAACUAUAUAAGUUACACUGAGUAAUAAGGACAGAAAAGAAAUAUAUUCAGGAGUUAGAAGAAAGUUGGAAUAUCAGAUUCAGUUUGUCAAAGUGGGGUGUGAAAGGAGGUGGGAAUAAAGGUGAGCUAAAUAUUUCUUAGAUCCUAGAAACCCAUUCACAGUUAAAGUGUGAUGGAGUUGGAUGUUUGUAUGAACUUAAAGAAUAAGUAAAUGGGUUAAGAAGAAAGAAAAAUACCUGUGAAAGUGGAUAAUGAGCUAGGAGGAAAGUUCAGAUAAGUCCAUGAUCCUUAGGAAAGGAAGAAGGAAAAAAUAAUUCUGGGACUUUCAAAAAAUGAGAACGAAGGCAUUAAAUUUUCUCAUCAUAAACAUCUUUGCAGAGAAUAUAGGAGACAAAGGAUUUUGAAAGUCAUGGCACUUUUUAUUCCUGUAUCUUAAUCCAAACCUCUAGUAGAUUUUCCCAGUUGAUAUUUUAGGAAGAGAAAACUCAGACAAAGAGGAUUCUCUAAUCUUUUUUUAUAAUUAUUAAUGCAUAUUGUACAAAUUGAUGGGUUUCACUGUGAUCAUGUAUUCCAUGAUCUUAUCAACAUUUCUGGUGUAGAAAGUUCUACUAUUUGGCCUUCUAGAAUUCUGAUCUUAGUUGCUGAUUCUAACCCAAGUCAAGUUACAUAAGCAGAGAUUGAUAACUAACUGCCCUGGCCUAUUGCUGAGACAGAUUCUUGGCAGACUUUGCCCAGCAGAUGGUGCUGUUUCUCCAGAAGAAAACUUACCAAGUGUAAGGCCAUCAGAUGGAGCUAAGAGGGAGGGAGCAUUAGGAGAGAAAAAAAAACGAGUGUAGUUCAUUUAUUCUUAAAAGCCAAUAGCAUGAUAUUGCAAGAGUCAGAGUAGUUGUGAAAAAAAAAAGACAAUGUUCUCAAAUUAAAUCCACCCACUAAUAUUCCUCUUCCUCUCCUUAUCCCCUAAGAUACAUUUUUAAAAACAGUGAUUUGGGGAUAGACAGCUUUUCCAUCAGUAGUGUUUAAAAGAACUCGUUUUCAGAAUUUUUUCAUUCCUAUCAGAGGAAAAAGUUGAAUAUAGAAUGUUCCAAAGCAGUUUGCUACCCUACCACCUGUGCUUUGAUGACAAAAUGAUAUUAUCUUCAACCUAAUACUUAGGAAUACUUUGCAGAUUUUGCUAAUAAUGCACUUGGAGUAAUUCUAAUAGAAGUAAAAUUUACUCUCCUUACAAAUUAACCCAAAUUCAUUCUCAGAUUCUUUCAAUUCCAGUUUCCCUUCAUAUAUUUUGGUGCUCUGUUGUAAGGUGUGUGUGUGCAUAUAUAUGUAUCUGUGUGUGUGUGUGUGUUUAAAAUUCUUAUGACUUCUUGAUGGGUUGGCCCUUUAAUAUUAUAAUGUCCUUUUGUUUCAUGUAACACUUUUUAUCUAAAAGUCUAUUUUGUCUAAUAUUAGUAGAGUGACUUCAGCUUCAGCUCUCUGUUCACAUGGACUAUGGUUAUCUAUCCUUCUGCUUUCAACCUAUUUAUGUUGUUGAAUCUAGAAUGUUUCUUGAAGAGAGUGUAUGGUGGGUUAUGUUUUAAAAUUCAUCCUGCCGUUCUCUGUCUUUAUAUUGUAUUAGUUUCCCAGAGCUGCAAAGAACCACACGCUUCGUGGCUUAAAGUAACAGAAACUUAUCCUUCACAGUUCUGGAUGCUAGAAGUAUGAAAUCAAGGUGUCAACAGGGUCAGUUCCUUCAGAGGCACUGAGGGAGAACCUGUUCCUUUCCUCCCAGCUUCUGGUGAUGGCCGACAGUUCAUGGAAUUACCUGAGAUAAUACAUUACUCCAAUUUCUACUUUAUUUCACAUGGCAUUCUUCCUGUGUCUGUAUCUUCCUAUCAGCACAGCAGUUGUGCUGGAUUAGAGCCCUACCUUAAUCCCAUGUGACCUCAUUUAAAUUAUAUUUACAGCGAUUCCUUUUCCAAACAAGAUUGCAUUCUGAGUUUCUGUAGAUUAGGAUUUCAACAUAUUUUGAAUGGGCAGAGGAGGGGGACACAGAAUUUAACCCAUAACAGCAAGAAUAUAUCAGACUUUUCAGAGCCCUAUUCACCAAAACAUCUCAUUCUUCAGCCUUUCUUACCAAAGUUUUUGGUUCACUUAUUGUUUGCCUCAGUGUUACCCGUUAUUCCAGGUAGCUGUAAUUAAAAUGUUUGGAAACUGGCAGAGUUCCAAGUUAGGUAAAUUAAAGGAAAGACAUUUGAGCCGGUCUUCCAGGGAGCUACAAGGCAAGUUCUAUGGAGUGAAUUGUUCCCCCAAAUUCAUGUAUUGAAGCCCCAUCCACAACUGUGAUUACAUUUGGGGAUGAGGGAUUAAGUAAUAAUUAAGAUGAAAUGAAGUCAUAGGGAUGGUGCCCCAAUCCAGUAAGACUGGUAACCUUAUUAGAAGAAGAGGAGACACCAAAGCUUCUCUCUAACAUGAGGACACAGAAGGCAGCACCUACAAGCCUGAGAGUUCUCUCUAGAAACCUAAUCACUUUGACCUUGGAAUUCCCAGGCUCAAGAACUGAGAAAAAUUUGUUUAAACUACCCAAUCUAUGUUAUUUUGUUAAAACAGCCCAAACAACCACAAUUCUUUAAAAAUGAGAUGCAUUAUUCUGUUUGCUGUGGCACUCUGCACCAGAAAUAGGCUGUUAUCUUCAAGGCAUCACAGAAGUGGGACCAGGAUAAAUUAAACACCACCAAGCCCUGGUUUUUACUGAGAUUUAUUUAGCUGGCAUUUCUUAAGUGUUCCCUGCUUUGCUGCACAUUUUUGCUUAGUUUCCAGAAUUCCGUAAAAGUUGUUUCUGAUGGAUUUUUUGCUUUUGUUACUGUUACAUUUCAAUUUUAACUAAUGUCACCCCACAUGCUUCUUUUUGGCAGUGGUACUGGGGCCCAAACCCAGGACUUCAUGCUUAUCAGGCAAACGUUCUUGCCACUAAGCUAAACCCCCUGUCUCCACAUACUAUUUUUUUACAAUAUAACAUUGAUCCUCCUCUUUUUGGAGAUUUGUGAUGCUUCAACCAAAAGAAGACAACAAACAUGACGGUUUGUGACCCUGCAGGGUGGGUUAUGAUCCAGGCUCUCUUUUUUUUCAAGAGCUGGGGAUUGAACAACAACUCUGGGAAAGCCAGGUACCGUGCUGUGAGAGAGCCCAGACUUGCCUGUGUAGAGAAGAACCAAAGACACCCCCAAGCUGAGUGCCAGUGUCCAUCUCCAGAUAAGGAAAAACUAGCCUUCAGAUGCUUCCAGCCUCCAUUCAGCAGCUUCAGUUGAGACCCAGAUAUGAAGCAAACACGAGCUGUCCAGGCCUUGCCUGCAGUUCCUGACCCACAGAAUGUAUGACUCUCAUGAGUGAUGACUUUAUAUUUCUACAUUUUGUUGUAGUAUGGUCAGCUGCCACAGUAACUAGAACAAUCACCGAGUAAAUCAAAUGGUACCAAGCAGUGGACAGGGUUUUCAUCCCUUUUGGCGUAGAAGUUUUAAAAUGUCUUGUGCAAGAGUAUGCACUUAAGAACAUCAAGAUUGUCUGAUUUACCAGUGUCAUCCCUUUCCUCCCUAGAUUUUGCAGGUGUCCCCAUCCCUGCCCCUCUUCCCCCAGUUAUCCAGGCUUGAAACCUUGGAAUGUCUGUGAUCUCCUUUCUUCUUCACCCGCCUCACAGGAGAGCCAGGCACAUGUCUUUUUCAGUGCCUCCCAUCCAUUUCUUCCCACUCAUAACAACAUGGGCUUAAAGCUGCAGUUCAUUCUUACAGACUAAAAUGCAAUAGAAGAGAAGAAGGCUGCCAAUCAUAGGGAUAAUGCUUUUGGAUUUACACUAGUAAAAGGGUACUGUUUAAAGCCAUCCAAGGGCAAGUAAUGGUUGUGUUUGUGGAAGUGCCAUGUGUUUCGAGAAAACCGUCUCCUAUGGGGGUGAUGGAGAAAGCAGGCUGCUGGCUGGUCUGGCACAUCUCUGGUCACUGGAUCCACUUCCAUCCUGUGUUUAGCCAGAGCCUUUUCCUCCAACUCCUUUUAACUUCCUCUGGUUACAAAUCUAAAUUUAGUUUAUAAUACAGAGGUAUUAGAUGUUAUUUUAAUAUCAACUGGCAAAUCUCAGUUCUGCUUUCUACAGACAUCCUUAAAUACCUUGCAUCCUUUUCACUAUCCUUACCCAAACAUUUGUGGAGAUGGCUUUUGAGGAGUUUAAAAAGGAAAUUGAAUACAAACUAUGGGGUCACUUCAUCUUCUUGUCUUAAAAACUUGAAAUCUAUCCUCAGUAGUUUAUUUUGAAACUACAUGAAAGGAAAUUGGGUUCCAGCAGAGUUUGUACAAGGUUAUUUAGCACUUGGGCAUUUGACAUGUAUUAGUUGCUGCAGACCAUCAUAGGAAAUAACCCUUUUUAUAAUGUGGGCCUUCCUUCUCAAGACAUAGAAGACUUUGCUAGAACAAACAGGGCAACUAUAUUCUCUGAGUAUCUGACCACAUUAGCAUUGUUUCCUAAAUGCCCGAAAGGGUUGGGGGGACAGCUACCAGUUAUUCAUUUUAGUAUCUAUUGAGCACUUAUCUAUUUGCCAGGCACUGUUCUAGGUGCCAGGUAAACAAAACUCCUUAACUUUGUGGAAUAUGCAUUUUAGGGGUGGAGAGAGACCGAUAAUAACAAACUAAAAUGUGUCAAUAUCAUGCCUAUCACAGGACCAUGUUUUAAAGAUGCUUUAGAGCAUGAUAAAGCUGGAAAGAGGAAUAAAUUGUGCUGGGUGGUCUUGGAGAGGUUGCAUUUGAAGUUCAGGGGCUUUAGCAAGAAUAUAGGUCCCUGAAUAGGUGAAGAAGGUCAGAGAUUUGAAUAUGUGGGGGAAGAUUAUCUAGGGCAGAGGGCAAGUACAAAGGACCUAAGGCCAGAGUGUACCUGGCUUUUGGAGAAAAACAAGGAGGUAGAGGAACUAGAACAGAAGGAAAGGUGAAAAGCAAGUCUUGAUGGGCAUUGCAGGGCAUUUUAAUGAUUCAAGUUUUUAGUCAGUGUAAGGGAAGCCAUUGAAGAUUUUUAGCCAAGGAGUAAUGAACUAAUGAAACUGAAUUUUGAAAUGAAACUCAAUUCACUGCUUCUGCUGGCAGGUGGGAUCUGCACAACUGCAGGUCUCUGCAGCCAAGAAGUGUUAAUGGUGGGCCUUGCCCUCCAGUGUUGCUGCAGAUUCCAGCAGCUCAUUGUCAGUUUCCUCUUUCUGGGUUCUUGUCUCAUGGAUUCAAAGAAUGAAAUCCAGAAACCAGAAUGAGUGAGUAUAAGAGUACGAUUUCUUCAAGUGUGCAUGGAAACAGACCUCUGGCAGGGGGAAAGGGAGAACCCAUCAGGGCUGUCGUCUGAGCAUCUUAGCCUAGGGGUUUAUAUAGCACUUCAGUCAAUGCUAUUGGUCCAAACUUAUACUAAUCAGGGUUUGAAAAAAGGACCAGUGCUGUUGGUCCAGAAUUAUGCUAGUAAGUAUUUAUGCUCUUGGUUAGUCCUGAACCCCAUUCACGCUUGCCUUCCAUUUUCUCCAGCUCCUCAGGAAGCCCGAGGUUGAAGGCAGUGAAUCACACAUGCUUGGUGGGUGGGGGUGGGGAGCCAUCUGGAGAUGCAGCACUACAAGGAGCACACUUCUUCAGCAGGGCCACACUGGGUGCAGCGCAGGCUGCCAUGGGGGACAAGUUGGCUUGCCCUGGCUACCUCAGGCCCUAGCUGGGUUGGUGGCUCUGCACAGCAGCCUAUGCUUCAGCCUGCCUGGGCCACCACUCUGCUGCUUCAGCGACUCUCCUGCCACUUCUCAGCAUGUACCAGUGUCACUAAUUUAGCUUUCUUUAAUUUUUUAAUUUUUUAAUGUAAUAGGGAUUGGGCCCAGGUGCACUUAGCCACAUCCCUAGCCCUUUUCAUUUUUUAUUUUGAGACAGGAUCUUGCUAAAUUGCUUUAGGGCCUCACUAAAUUGCUGAGGCUGGCCUCGAACUAGAGAUCCUUCUGCCUCAGCCUCCCAAGUCAAUGGGAUUACAGGUACGUGCCACCGCACCUGGCUAAUUUAGCUUUUAACAAGAUCAUUUUGACUUCUGUAUUAAGGACCACUGAAGGGAGCAAAUGAUGGAAGCAGAGAAAAAAACUUUUGUAGGUUAUUCUAAAAAUUCAGAAUAGAGGGGCUGGGGCGAUAGCUCAGUCGGUAGAGUGCUUGCCUUGCAAGCACAAGGCCCUGGGUUUGAUCCCCAGCACCCAAAAAAAAAAAAAAAAAAAAAAAAAAAAAUUCAGAAUAGACAGUGGUGGCUUUGACCAGAUGGUGGUAGGAGACAACUGUAGUAAUAUACUUUAAAAGUAGAGCAGACUGGAGUUGCUGACAGAUGUGGGAUGUGAGAAAAAAGAGAUAAGGGAAUGAGAAUGAGAAAGAUCACUCUGAGCAACUGAAACAUGAAUGUGCUCAACUUAGAUGGGAAGACUGAAGGAUGAAUUUAAAGGAGUAAGAUCAGAUAUGCUAAACUUGAUACCUUUUUUUUAAAAUUUUUGAUUCAUUGUACACAAAUGGGGUACAACUAUCGUUUCUCUGGUUGUACACAGUCAUACCAUUUGCAUAAUCAUACAUGUACAUAGGGUAGUGAUGUUUGUCUCA